GAUGGGAGGGGAAGGAAUGGAUGGGACGGAGGGGACAGGACACGCUGGGGGACAACGCAGCCACCCCCAGCCCGUUGUGCCCAGCCCGAGGGGACGUCCCCAGCACACGCCGGACCCCGAGCCCCCCACGGAGGGGCCAGGCAGGAACGGGGGGGCUCUUGUGGGGCUGGAAGGGAGCGGGGGUGCCGUGGGGACCCCGGGAUGGGGCCCUGGUCCCUCUGUGGGGCUCUGUGCCUUUUGGUGGCGCUGGCUCAGCAGGGACCCCCGUUCCGGGGACCCCCACCCCAGCCAGUGUCCCUGUCCCCUGCCCCGGGCUGGGUGUCCCCCAACAUGUGCCCCGGCUGGGUGUGUGUCCUUGCACCCACGCUUGCACGCACGCUCACACGUGUGCAGGCAUGUGCAUGGGGGUCUCGGUCCUGGGGUGCAGGGCAGGGGACGGGGGGUCCUGGGGGUCCCCAGCCGGCCGGUGACACCCCGCUGUGCCCCAGAUCCGCCGGCGGAGGCCCACGCCGGCCAUGCUCUUCCAGCUCUCCGAGCACUCCUCCCCAGAGGACGAGUCCCUGCCCUACCAGCGCGCCUCCGGCGAGGGCUGCCUGCUGAAACCAAAGAGGACCAACCCGUGUGCCUACACACCGCCCUCCCUCAAAGCGAUGCAGCGCAUCGUGCAGUCCCACCUGGAGAGUGGCCCGGCCGGGGGUGACAGCUCCGACGGGGAACCCGAUGAUGGGGAGAACGAGCUGGCCCGCGCCUGCGACCCCGACAGCGCCCUGGAGCCUGGUGAGGGGACAUGGGAUGGGGGACGGGGGCUGCUGGAGGCUGGGGGGGUCGGGGAGGGGCUGGUGGCCAUCGCUGCCCUCUGCUAG